AUGGCUGAAAUCAGCUGCGCAGAUACUGCGAAACUCCAGAGAGUCGAUUCGCAACCUGAGAACCCCUAUGCCAAGCUGAUCGAGGAACAAUCCAUUUCGAUCAUCCCUUCCUUCAAGCUUGAAUCCGGUGUCACCCUUUACAAUGUCCCAGUCGCAUACACCACGCGGGGCACGCUCGCUCCCAGCGGAGACAAUGUGUUGGUGAUCUGUCACGCCCUCAGUGGCAGCGCCGAUGUCGCCGACUGGUGGGGUCCUCUUCUCGGUGGACCCGGUCAAGCAUUUGAUGUCUCACGAUUCUUCGUCGUUUGCCUGAACAGUUUGGGUAGCCCGUACGGAAGUGCAAGUGCCGUGACCUAUAAGGAUGGUAAGCCUGAGAAUGGCUACUAUGGGCCUGAAUUCCCCUUGACGACCGUCCGUGAUGAUGUCAACAUCCACAAACUGGUUUUGGAUGAUCUUGGGGUUAAACAGAUCGCCGCGGUGGUCGGAGGAUCCAUGGGUGGAAUGUUGACCUUGGAAUACGCGUUCUUUGGAAAGGACUAUGUGCGAGCUAUUGUGCCUAUUGCCACUUCGGCGCGCCAUUCCGCAUGGUGCAUCAGCUGGGGUGAGGCGCAGAGACAGAGCAUCUACAGCGAUCCUAAGUACGAUGAUGGCUACUAUGCAUUCGAAGACCCGCCAUCCACCGGCCUCGGUGCGGCUCGUAUGUCAGCACUCCUCACGUACCGCAGUCGCAACUCCUUUGAGUCCCGCUUUGGCCGCAAUGUACCGGAUCCAACGAAGCCGCGCAACAUCAAUGGCACCGAAAAGCUGCCUACUCCCCCGAACGAGCACUGGGCCAUUCACAAUGAUGGACACCGCGGUGGAGUCACCUCUCGCUCGCAGAGUAGACAAGGCUCACCGGCCCCUAUCAAUGAAGCCGAGGUUCAGUUCAUGGACCCCCAGUUCUCCGGCACGAAGACCUUUGCGCCAGAAGCCGACACGAAGCCGAAAUUGACUGCCUCUGGCCGUCCUCGCCCACCAACAUAUUUCUCUGCGCAAUCCUACCUUCGUUACCAGGGUGACAAGUUCGUGAAGCGAUUCGAUGCCAACUGCUAUAUUGCCAUGACCCGCAAGCUCGAUACGCACGACGUGUCCCGCCGUCGGGGUAAUGCUAGCGCCGAUAAUGAGGAUUCGGUCCAUGCAGCCCUCGGACGGAUUGAACAGCCAGCUCUAGUCCUUGGCAUUGAGUCGGAUGGUCUUUUCACCUUUGCAGAGCAGCAAGAGAUUGCCGCUGGCAUUCCCAACUCUCGACUCAAGCGCAUUGACAGCCCGGAGGGUCACGAUGCGUUCUUGCUUCAAUUCGAACAAGUCAACCGCCACAUCGUCGAGUUCUUCCACGAAGUUCUCCCCGAUAUCAUGGCGAAAUCCGGCGACGAAGCCGCCGCUGUUGCAAGUGUCACUAAACUGACAAAGAGCAGCACCUUCGGUGAAGCCGAGGUGGAGGACAUCACCGCUUGGUAA